AUGUCCUCACAAACAGAAUGGCCGCAGUCCCUCAAAGACUUUGCCAACCGAGCUUUUGCCGCAUGUACCGAUGCCAACCGCCAAGCCGUCUCGGAAGAGCUCAGAGCGCUCAUAUUCGAUUCGUUUCAGAACGGCACAAUCCAUACCACCGACUGGGCUAAUGCCACCCUUAAAAGCCUAACAGCUGCGUCUACCUCGACGAAAAAGUCACUACUCAAGAAACGCGCAGCACCCACUUCAACCACAACCCCCAGCUUAUCCGCCUCCGACCUAGAAGAGCAGCAGAGGAAAGAGAAGCGCGCAAAGCGUUUCGAGAGGGAACAGCAGGAAUUCAGACGUCAGGAAGAUGAGAUGCUCGAGACCGCCAUCGCAUCCACCAGUCUUGCAUCCAGAUUUGGCAGCAUACGCGCACCAGCCGCUGUUGGCCAACCUUCGUGGUCUGCAGCUGCAUCAGUAGCAGGUACUGCUCCUUCACAUCACGCUUCCAAAUACGCAGCAUCCGCGCCAAUAAGCUCAACACAGCUGACAGAUACCGAAGUAGCAGAUCCUAACGUCAUCGAUUGGGACGAACACACAGUCGUCGGAACCAGCAGCAAACUCGAAAAAUCAUACCUGCGUCUCACGUCAGCGCCGGAUCCCAAAACCGUUCGACCGCUCUCCACGCUUGUGCAGACGCUCGAGCUGCUCAAGAAAAAGUGGCGAACGGAAAACAACUACUCUUACAUCUGCGAUCAGUUCAAGUCGAUGCGUCAGGAUCUGACAGUACAGCGCAUCAAGAACGAGUUUACAGUCAAGGUGUACGAGAUCCACGCGCGCAUUGCGCUCGAGAUGGGCGAUCUGGGCGAGUACAACCAAUGUCAGAGCCAGCUGAGAGGAUUGUAUGCGUACGGCAUCAGCGGAAACGCCGUGGAGUUUUUGGCCUAUAGGAUCCUCUAUCUGUUACACACCAAGAAUCGUAGAGAUGUCAACGCACUGAUGGCAGAACUGACAGAGGAGCACAAGGCCGAGCCAGCGGUGGAACAUGCGCUCCAGGUUCGCGCCGCACUCGUGACUGGCAACUACCAUUCCUUCUUCCAGCUCUACACGGAUGCACCCAACAUGAAUGCAUACAUCAUGGACCACUUUGUAGAGCGCGAACGCGUCAAUGCGCUCCACAUCAUGUCCAAAUGUUAUCGGCCGUCGAUCGCGCUCAGCUUCAUCGCCGAAGAACUUGCAUUUCAAGACGUGGCAGCAGCAGAUGAAUUUCUGACGGCCAAAGGUGCUGCUGUAUACCUAGAGCCGACACCUGCCGAGUUGGCUGCACUCGCAUCUUCGCAGACGACCAACGGCAAGAAGAAAAGGUCAAAAGUGGUGCCAAGCCUGCCACUGGGCAAGCGUCAGUGGGACGCAAAGGCAGCUGUGCAACCGCUUACGGAUGCGAUCCAAAAGUUUCGCAAAGUGGAUAUCAAAGGUCAAAUAUGA